AUGACUGAUCGUGCGGUGGAUGCAAAGAUCACUAAGAAGGAGCUGAGCCAGUACUGUCUUAGGAGGACACGUGGUGACGAGGCCACCAUCAGCCUCAUUGAGAGGCUGAUGCAGGAGCUGGGAGGGGGAAACGGGAGGGACCUCAUGGGGGUGCCAUUGCUGGACCAGGUGCGCAUGGUGCACAUCUGGCGUGUGCAGCAACCACACGUCAAGUGCAUCCAGGACCUGCCUGGUGUGCAGCUUCAUACAGAGACGGGCACUAUCAAGAAGGGGGGUAAUUCAGCGGAGAAAAUGCUGAUCCACGGCUCUGAUGAGCAGUCAAAGUCCCCACCGCCUUUCCUGGCGUCCAUACCGGAUUACCUACGGCGUCAACCUUGCUUGCUACCCCGCAAAAAUAAAAAUCACCGCAGGGGACGCGGUAAGAGAGGCGGAGUUCGUGUCAGGCUUGUGGCUUACCUGGCUUCACUUUCCUCAUGCGAUCCGGACCUUUCAGGUGUCGGGUUUUAUACGGAGUUUGUGGGCUACGAUCGGCGACGUACUUUGGCGUACAAUUACCGGUGGCUCCGGCCUACUGCGGACCUGCCUGACUCCGGGUGCCAGCCUCCCCGCUGCCGGAGCGUGAAGCUCUCUGUCCGCGGCUGUGUGCACAGGAAUCUCCGCCCACUUAGUCGGGCUUCCAAACAGUCUGGAAGGCGUUCAAUUCGCAUGGCACUGAUCAACACCAGAUCAGUCACAAAUAAGACUUUCAUCCUCAGUGACUUUUUUACUACCAAUGCUCUGGACUUUUUUCUGCUGACCGAAACCUGGCUAAAACCAGGUGAAAACAGCGCCUUCACGGAGCUCCUCCCCCCCGGCUGCUCUUUUUUCAACUCCCCGCGAGCUUCAGGCCGAGGUGGUGGAUUGGCCACACUCUUCAAGGAUGAAUUUGAGAUCAGCGUUCCUCCACCGCCUAGUAAACCUGUGUCCUCAGUCUCCAGGCGUCACUGUAUCACUCCCUCCUCAGCUGCUGAGUUUGCUUCAAAAUUCGUUGGCUCUCAGUUUUAUGCUACUAAUGGUCUGGUUUUACCAUCUUCCCCAGACAGCAUUCUCUCAGCUUUCUAUUUUACAAGUGUGGAAAUCCUGGACUCUAUUGCCCCUCAUCGCUUUAAAUCUAUCAAACCUAAAGCGGACCCCUGGCUAGACGACAACACGAGGGCCCUUAGGCAACGCUGCAGACAAGCUGAACGGAGGUGGAAGAAGGACAAGUUACAAGUUUCUCUGGGCUUGUUAAGGGAAUGUCUUGCAGAGUAUCAGAAAGCUGAAUUUAAGCCUGUUUCUCUGUCGCUGCUCACUGAGGUUGUACAACACUUGAAACCUACCAAUUGUGCUUUAGACAUCAUUCCUGCCAGGAUGGUGAAGGAGGUUUUUAGCACCAUUGGGUCGAGUCUACUUACCUUUUUUAACUGUUGUCUAAGUUCUGGUUCUGUCCCAGAAGCUUUUAAACAUGCUUUGGUUAGGCCACUACUUAAAAAGCCUAAUCUUGAUCCCAAUGUGUUGUCCAAUUUUAGACUAGUCUCACAUCUGCCCUUUCUUUCGAAGGUGUUGGAAAAAAUUGUUUUUAAUCAGUUACAAGUCUUUUUACAACAGAACUCAGUGUUAGAAAAAUUUCAGUCUGGUUUUAAAACGCGCCAUAGCACUGAGUCGGCGCUUCUAAGAGUUCACAGUGAUAUAGCUUUGUCUGUAGAUGCUGGGGAUCCUACUGUGCUAGUGAUGUUGGACUUGACCGCAGCUUUUGAUACGGUGGACCAUGUAGUCCUUCUUGAACGCCUUGAGCAUUUUGUAGGCAUUCAAGGCACUGCACUUAAAUGGUUUAGCUCUUAUUUGACAAGUAGGACUUUUUCUUUCACAAUGGGUGAUUUCUCCUCCUCAUCUGCUCCUCUCUAUUGUGGGGUGCCCCAGGGUUCAAUUCUUGGCCCUAUCUUGUUCUCUUUAUAUAUGUUGCCAUUAGGAGCUAUAAUGCACAACCUGUCAUUUCAUUGUUAUGCAGAUGACCUGCAAAUUUAUCUGCCUAUACAACCCAAUGACAGUGUUGCACUAAACUGCCUCCUAAAUGGCAUUAAUGAUAUCAAGUUGUGGCUAUCUCGCAAUUUCCUGACCCUGAAUGAUGACAAGACCGAAUGUAUUAUCUUCAGUACAAAAUACAUGUCAAACAAUCAAACUUUAAGUCUGGGAGCUCUGACUUCAUGCGCCAAGCAAACUGUAAAAAAUCUGGGUGUGACAUUUGAUUGUAGCAUGAAAUUUGACAAACAGAUAAGCAAUGUUGUCAAAACAAGCUUUUUCCAACUUCGUCUCCUGGCUAAAGUAAAGCCUUUUCUUAACAGGCACGAUUUGGAAAGGGCUAUUCAUGCCUUUAAUAGUUCACGUCUCGAUUAUUGCAACGCUCUUUAUGGUGGCCUAAAUCAAAAAUCCAUCGCACGUCUGCAGCUUGUGCAAAAUGCCGCUGCUCGCUUUCUCACAAAUACUUCUCGGAGUGCACACAUCACUCCCGUUCUUUUUACUCUACACUGGCUUCCGGUGCGUUUUAGAAUUGAUUUUAAAAUUGCAUUGUUUGUUUUUAAAGCCCUAAAUGGCCUUGCCCCAAAGUAUUUGUCCGAGCUUUUAACUUUGGGUGGGCAAAAUCGGUUGUUGCGGUCUUCCAAUCUACGGACUCUAGAAGUCCCGAGGUCGAGGUACAAGCAGUGGGGCGAUCGGGCUUUCGCUGUUGCUGGCCCAAAACUCUGGAACAAGCUCCCGCCAGACAUUCGCACUAUAACGGAUGUUGUUCAUUUUAAAUCAAAACUUAAAACUUAUUUAUUUAGAAUGGCUUUUAAUACACAGUAG